ACAAAGAGAGCAAUGAUGACAGAGGAAGACUUCUUAAACGGAUAUAUGUCUAGAAAUCACAGGAUUUCGGAGGGAUAUGCCUAUGCCAUAUCUGCAGUUUGGUAUUAAUGGAUGUCAAUAUUAGGUAUAGACAAUUUGAGAGAUUCUUAUAAAAUCCAUCAGGCGUUGAUGUUUCAAGAUUUAACAAAAUUCAAAAUGCUAAUAUAGUAUAGAGAUCCAUGGAUAAGUCAGUCUCCUUAAAAUAAUAUUCACUUCCUCCUUAUCAGCAAAUAAAUUAUUCUCAUGUUUAUGGAUUGAAGCCAGAUGCUUAAUAUCAUGUGGAUUUCCUCAUUGUCUCAAUCGAUGUAUGGCACUUUUUUAAACAGUAUUACGGUGCAGGUAUAUCUACUGAUAGAGAUUAAUUUAGAUUACGACGUGAUUGUUUUUGUCACUAAACUUCAUCCUCAAAUCACCAACUAUAUCCAAUGCGAUAAUUUAGAGGAAGGGCUGUGUGUUUGCAAAGAAAUCAUCAAUAUCAUCUUUGUCAUAAUAUUUCCAAGAAACACCACUGUUAUGCAAGCCAUCUUUACUCCCAUAAGUCCUUGGAUGGAUUUGAUGAAACUCCGCACUUUUCUCUUUGCCAUGUACAAUCUGGGAACUGAUACAAUCAAGUUCACCAAUGAAGCCUACAUUUAUUUCAACAAAAAAAAAGUACCCUUUAAGGGCAAUAGAAUACUUCACGAUAUUGGCAUCACUCAGGAUCUUUAGAUUGUCAUGGCCUGUCAAAACUUGUUGAUGUAAGACAUAGAGGAAGAGGUAGAAACAGAUGGAGAGGAACAGUAACUGGAAUAAAGUAAUAAAUUCUCAUUCUAUUCUUCUUAGAUUUACAUGACAAACAAGAGUUCUUAGAUAUCUUAGAAAAAGCACUUGAUGAAUAGUCUACUUUGCAACUGAGUAUAAAAUCAAUUGAAAACAUUCAAUAAACUUUAGAGCAAAAUGACUUCUUUUAAAUUUGA